CGUUGUCACUACCUGAAUUUCAUUCGUCCAGCUACGGAGCUACCGCCUAAAGUCGUUCCAUCAAAACUCAUCGCCACAGCGUACAAGCAGCGGAGCAGCUGAAGCAGGCGAAAAUGGCAAUCGAGUUCAAUAAGAUCAAGGUCUCCAAUCCCAUCGUUGAAAUGGAUGGGGAUGAAAUGACUAGGGUAUUCUGGAAAUCCAUUAAGGAAAAGCUUAUAUUCCCAUUUUUGGACUUGGAUAUCAAGUAUUUUGAUCUUGGUAUUCCUAAUCGGGAUGCCACAGAAGAUAAAGUUACUAUAGAAAGUGCACAAGCUGCUCUGAAAUAUAAUGUAGCAAUUAAGUGUGCAACUAUAACUCCGGAUGAGGCUCGUGUUAAGGAGUUCAAUCUGAAAGGAAUGUGGAAGAGCCCGAAUGGGACAAUUAGGAACAUUUUAAAUGGUACUGUUUUCAGGGAGCCAAUAAUCUGCAAAAAUAUCCCUCGGCUUGUCCCCAGUUGGACAAAGCCUAUCUGUAUUGGGAGGCAUGCUUUUGGUGAUCAGUACCGUGCAACUGAUACGGUUAUAGAAGGAUCUGGAAAACUCAAAUUGGUGUUUGUACCUGAUGGUCAUGGUGAAAAGAGAGAAUUUGAGGUUUUCAACUUCACUGGUGCUGGAGGUGUGGCAUUGUCCAUGUACAACACGGAUGAGUCCAUUCGUGCUUUUGCUGAGGCUUCAAUGAGCACUGCUUACCAGAAAAAGUGGCCACUUUAUCUUAGCACAAAAAAUACCAUUCUCAAGAAAUAUGAUGGAAGAUUUAAAGACAUAUUCCAAGAAGUUUAUGAAACUCAAUGGAAGUCAAAGUUUGAGAUUGCAGGGAUCUGGUAUGAACACCGUCUCAUCGACGAUAUGGUUGCUUAUGCUCUAAAAAGUGAAGGAGGUUAUGUGUGGGCUUGCAAAAACUAUGACGGAGAUGUGCAAAGUGAUUUCCUAGCACAAGGAUUUGGAUCUCUUGGGUUGAUGACAUCGGUGUUAGUGUGUCCAGAUGGAAAGACCAUCGAAGCUGAAGCAGCUCAUGGCACAGUUACCCGUCAUUACCGGGUUCAUAAAAAAGGUGGCGAAACUAGCACAAACAGCAUAGCUUCCAUUUUUGCUUGGUCAAGAGGCCUUGCACACAGGGCCAAGCUGGAUGGCAAUGCAAGAUUGCUGGAAUUUACGGAGAAAUUGGAAGCUGCUUGUGUCAGAACAGUUGAAUCCGGGAAGAUGACUAAGGAUCUAGCACUUCUUAUUCAUGGGCCUAGGGUUGCCCGGGCUCAGUAUUUGAGCACUGAAGAGUUCAUUGAUGCUGUAGCUGCUGAGCUGAGAACAGGACUUUACAGAGCAAAAUUAUAAACUUGUGUGGGCCAUUUUUGGCCUUCAUUCUUGGCAAAUAGUGCGCGUAAAUUUUUUUUCACCUCCUCAUCUUAUGUAGUUAAUAAACUCAUUUUAUGGAUAAACAAGGCUAGAGAGCCAAGCAGAGGGAUGGAGUAGUGGGGAAAUGUGACGAAGCGGCUGUUGCUCACCCGGCUGGGCAGCAAGCAAAGGAUCUGUUCGAUUAAGUUAGCCAAAUAGAGACUCCUGGUUUGCUUUUGUUGUGUUGUGACAGUUACUUUCUGUUUGUUUUGUUUAGCCUUGCCUGCUUUUGCAGGCGUAAGAACCACCGUUUAAUGCCUAUGUAACUUAAAUUUGGGCACUGUUC